GUCUGCUGUCAUGCUAGCUGUCCCACAUGCUAGCUUAGACAUUAUUCUGCUAGUUGCCUUGUCAUCUCCUUUGCAGCCAGCUCCAGUCACCUCAUCACCACCUAAGUACUUUGCAAUAAAUCUGUUAAACACCAUCUGAGUCUGUGUUGUGCGCUUGAGAACACGGUUGUGACAAUGCCCCUAACAUCCUGUUGCAACAGGAAGUACUUCACCUUCCAGGAAGCAAGUCCAGUGUGACUUCAACCAAACCAGCUUUUUGUGGAGAAGCUAUACCAGAGCCAAACAAGAUCCAACGCUGACAGCAGAUUUCAGACUAUCAUCCCUCAACACGUUGCACCGAGAGAGCUCAAGGUAAGGCUCUCAGAUGGAGGCCGUGUGUGAGCAGGUCCAUGAAGGUGAUGGGGAGGAGCAUGCAGGAGAAGAUGAAGCCAUGCUGUGGUCCUUCCAGGAGGCUUUGGAGAGGCAGACCCUGCAGAUAGGAGCCUCAGCAUGCGGGGCCACAGCUGUGGUGGACGUGCUGAAGGCCCUCAGCAUCGAUGUGGCCCCUGAGGAAGCAGACCGCUGCGUCCAAACCCGCCUGAGGAGGAACGAGUCACCUCUGCCUGACUACCUGCUCUCCCGGAGCGAAGCCGGUGCGACUCACGCUCAGCUCAUCCAGGGAGCUCAGGAGGCCAGUAAGGGGAAGGUCAUAGGUCGCUUCUUCCACCUCCACCCUCGGCGUCGGGUCCAGCUGGUCCCCUGGCUCGCGCGCUGGAUACGAAAUGGUGCUGUUCCCGUGGCGACGAUGAACAUGCAGCAGGCGGUGCCCGAGGGGGAGGAGGUGCCUGACGCCUGGCACCAUCAGCUCAUAUUUGGCGUUGCACCUAAUGCUGUUUUCAUGACCAAUCCUUUAGAUGUAGAAAGUGAGGGAUUGGUGCACCAGAGACUCUGCAGUGAAUCUGUGUUGCUGAUUCGUCGAGACGACGUCCUGCAGCGACUGACUGCAGAUUGCUGUUUGUCCGGCUUAUCAGACAUCCAGUCGGACCCACGCUGGAGAGCCCUUGAUAUCCAGGGUCAAGUGAAGCAGAUGUCCCGAGAAGAGGAACAGGAUCAACCCAAGUUAACACACAUCAGGAUCCCUGCAGCGUACAGUUCAGGCAUCACACUCUUUGCCCUGCGAGAGUCAGAGUUAGGACAAGAGCUCAUUAAUGCUGCUGAACUCGCUUUGUUGUGAGCGGACUGCCACUCAUGAAACAUAAAAGUGAUAAAACACCCUCCAGAAGUGAUGCGACGAGAAAAGAAGAGCAAAAGGACGAGAGUGAGCGACGAAAUGUCACGUUAUCUCACUAAUGAUGCACUUCUGACGUAUGAACCACAUAAACAUUCACAGUUAGAUCAUGUAUUACAUGCAAAUGAUACAAAGGGACCAUAAAACCAUGCAUCCACAAGAAACAAAACUCCAAAAAUACAUUUUUGAUACUCAAUGUCAAUAUAACAUCUGUUCUCUACGCUAAGCUGCAGAAGCACUCUCUUGCACCUUUUGCAGCCCAUAUGUGAAGCUUCAUUUGCCAGCUGCUUUCUGCCAUCAAACAGCUGCAAAUAUCUUCACCAACAUUCAUGUUCAUUUCUAUCACUGAUGCCUGUUGUUACCCUGCGUCAGUUAUUUACUUGAAUAAAGUAUGUUUGAGAUAAUGA